UUGCCGGCCUCAAUGUUCAACACCAAACAUUCGCAGAAGCGGUUGAGGAACCAGGCUCAACGUUUGUUUAUGCGAAGUUUGACGGUAUCUUGGGUAUGGGCUAUGACACGAUAUCCGAGGAUGGAGUGACACCUGUUUUCAACAAUAUGGUCCAACAAAACCUAGUGCCAGAACCUGUUUUCAGCUUCUAUCUGAAUCGAGAUGACUCUUCGGACGAGGUAGGUGAAUUGAUAUUGGGUGGUACUGAUCCCGAUCAUUACGUCGGUGAGCUCGCAUACGUUCCUGUUACUGAGAAAGGAUACUGGCAAUUUACUAUGGAUAGGUAAG